AUGCUCUGGGCUGCCAACAGUCAGUUCUUUGAGUGGGGCACAGCUGUGCAUUUCACAGGCCGAAUGGUAAUUCCAAAGAGAUUCCAGAGUGAUGACUUCUGGAAGAACCCCUGGGAUGUGGGGGCCCUGAUAGUGAUUGGCUUAUUCACCUCUACAGUCCUGUUCUUCAUCGUAUUUGCUAUUGUGUUUGGGCUGGUGGAAAAGAAGAGGACUUCCUAGGGGCCCAAAAAGCAGAAAAAUAUGGGCUUACCUGCUUACCCUAUACCAGCAGUGGGCUCCCCAGUUCUUCGGGCUCAAGAAAGAAUCUGUGUGAACCGCUGGAUCUGGCUUAGGGAUUGGUCAGACAUCAAGAGGGGAAGGCUGGUCUGAUACCAUUUCUGGCUCUCCCACCCUGCUACCAGCUGAACAUGUAAAUACAUGGAGAGGGGCUCUGCUGUACCCUCAGAGAGCAGCAACAGCCAACAAGGUCCUCCAGAGGGUUCCUGCUCAUGCAGCAAUUUUGCAAGUCCUUGAUGGAAGACACAAAAUGUCAGAUGAAGUAAAAAUUUCUUUUCAAAUCCA